AUGGGGCGGGAAGAACGCGAGCCGGGCGGCAUCAUGCUCACAAUAUUUACGGGCAAGUAUGAUAACCGGGAAGGCGAUAGAAAGCGCCGAGAACGAUCCACCGAGCGAUCGGCAGAAAGCGCCGAGAACGUUCCACCGAGGGAAUUUUUGGCACUUCCAGUUCCGCGUAGGAUCACUGAAGUGCGUAAGCGAAAACUUUGCGGCAAUUGCCUAAGAUGCAGUACCCACGCGGCCAAUCAAUGCACAUCGGGGACUUGCAAAACGUGUGCUGCCAAGCAUAAUUCUCUCUUUCACGUGGCAAAUGGCUCGGAGCCUGACGAUUCCAAUGCAAGUAAGGAAGUUACUGAAGCCAAGGCUUCUUCCGCGAUAGUCACACACACGUUGAAUCAUUCGAGAGAUAAUCACAUUAUGUUAUCAACCACGGUCGUAAACGUUAAUGACAAUCAGGGCACGCCGGUCAGGUGUCGUGUUUUAUUAGACUGCGGUUCCCAAGCCAACUUUAUAUCUAAAGGAUUAUUAAACGUUCUUGGUUUAAGGUCUCAGAAUCAAAGCGUAGCUAUUUCCAGGGUCAACGGAUCCUGCACUAGCUCAUCUCAAGUGGUCGAUUUGAGGAUACAUUCCGUGAUUAAUUCGUACUUCGCUGACAUUACUUGCAUUGUAACCGAUCAAGUCACAAAUAAAUUACCCGCGUUCAACUUGAAACGUGAUAGAUUCGAUAUUCCUCGAAAUAUCACUCUAGCCGAUCCCAAUUUCCACAAGCCCGCGGACAUAGACAUCCUGCUCGGUGCCGCGUUGUUUUGGGAGUUGUUAUGCGUCGAUCAAAUUCAAGCUUCCCACAAACAUCCUACGUUACAGAAAACUCGCUUGGGAUGGAUAUUAGCGGGUCGCUUAAACAAUUCCUCAACGUCAGCUAAACGCGUCCAUGCAUUGCACGCGCGCAUAUCUAACGCGCAGUUGCACGAGCAAUUAGGCCACUUUUGGCAGCAAGAAGAAGCCGCGAGCGAGACAACUCCUUUUACUGCCGAGGAAUCUUACUGCGAAAAACAAUUUUUGGAGACUGUAUCUCGGACACCACAGGGCCGAUUUAUAGUGCAGCUUCCGCUCAAGGAAAAUCUCGCUAACGGUUUAGGAGAAUCGAAAGAAAUCGCUCUAAGGCGACUAUUGAAUCUCGAGAAACGUUUCAACCGCGAUUCACUUUUGAAGGGGCGAUACGAAGAAUUCUUGCGCGAAUACGAGUCCCUGAAUCACAUGAGAAAAUUAGACGUCUCACCAAGCGAGGGUUCAACGCUGUUCUACUUACCCCACCAUGGCGUAUAUAAAAAUUCCGACAAAUCAGACAAGCUCCGGGUCGUCUUUGAUGCAUCCUGUAAGACCCGCUCGGGUUUGUCACUCAACGACAUCUUGAUGGUGGGACCUGUCGUUCAACAAGACUUGGCCUCAAUCCUGAUGCGCUUCCGAACGUUUGCCUACGUUUUUACUGCCGACAUAGUAAAUGUACAGGCAAAAUUGGUAACCCCAUCACAGACGCAUCUACAAAGAAUUUUAUGGAGAGACAACACCAACUCGGACGUAAAUACAUACGAGUUACUAACCGUCACUUACGGCACAUCCUCUGCUUCCUUUUUAGCAACCAGAUGUCUAAAGCACUUGGCUGAAUUGUACAGAACGGAAUUCCCGGUGGGAUCUAGGCACGUCGAACGCGACUUUUACGUGGACGAUCUCCUCACCGGGGCGGAUACAUCGAAGAGGCUAAACGAAUACGGGACGAAAUAG